UGUUGUGUGCAUGAUGCUUAAUGGGCUUUUUGUGCAUGAAAAAGAAAAGUAACUGCCUGAAGCUCUGUUAUUGAGAACAGACUGUGUAGAUUUGUAAGAAAGAAAGCUCUUGUUAUUUUUGAAUGAAUGAGUGACUGAAUGCAUGAUCAUGAUUUUAACACUGGUGUUGAGGAGCUGCAUCUCUGACACUUUUUUUUUAUCAAACAGUUUCUACAAAACAUCCCAGCAAUGAGCUGUGGAGAACUUUUCCCAGAAAGAAUUAAAGCUCCAACAAGGGAUGUUAUUGACAAACCUAAGAAUCAUCUUCUGCUCCAUAAUCCCUUUUGUUACGCGAGCAGUCCGUGUGUCGUGUCCUGCCCUAUUCUGAAAUGUUAUUAUUCUCUGCUCAAACUGCUUAAAUGGGAGUGAGUGUUGCUCUCUUAGCAGCGUCCAGGCCCCUCUCCCAGCAGUUAUAUGGCCCUGUGUCCUGGUGCUUGUGUCCAUAAAGCCCCCUAGUGCCCCGGCUCGAUCUAAUUAGCCGUGAGUAAAGGGGACAAUAAUGCUUCAGCUGGUUUGUGUCAUUCUCUUCUCCCUGGCUCUGCUUAUCUUCACAAGCACCACUGUGGCUCUUCACACUCCUCCCCCCCCCCCCACACCAAACAUACACACACAGUCACACACACCUCCGCUCUGGAUAAUGAUGGAUGACCGUGCCCAAUGGGAACAAACAGGUAGAUAAAGCCAAUCCCAUUUAAUAACAGCAUGGAUCGGAAUGAUAAUCUUGUUCAUUAGCCGAAGUGGCUGCACAGCGACACAGUUGUUGCACAGAGUUCUCACCCAGGAGGUGUUGUGGGAGGGAUAGUGUUCUCCGGUCUAGGAUAGCAUCCCUGGGUGAAACAAUACUGCUGUGUCCUUGAGAAAGACAGAGGGAAAGCAACAGAACCCCCCCCUCACUAACCCUUCGUCACCCUCUCCCAUCUUUUGUUCCAGCACAGAUACAAAUGGGAUUAAUGAAGGUAUAAAUUACAGAGGGCUAAAUCCUGCUGAGUAAUCCAUUUGGCAAACAUGAAAACAACAAUGGGCAUGCUGCAGCAGCUAGAGCCUUAUAGCCGGACCAAGAACCCAGAAGCACAGGCUGACCACUGCAGGCUAUACAGUGACAUGUUACAGUGCUCAGUGGGGAAAAAAAUAAAAAGAGCUUUCGCUAUACUAUAGCCUCAAGAACAAGAGCAUCGCUGGUCGUCCAUUCAUGCUUGAACAGAGGGAGUCGUUGCUUCGGGGUUCAAGCAGUGUGACAGCAAUUUUUCGAUAGCAGCAUAAAAUAGCUUCUCUAUUAGACACACACAUUGUGUAUAUUUGAUGAUUUAUCUUGUGUGUAUUAUAGUACAAUAUCUAUAAGCCGACUAUGAAUAACCAUACAAAAGGUAAGUUCUCACUCCACCUGCCCACUUUUCACUGGAAUGUCAGUUAUUCAGGUAGCAGGCCCUCUGCUGCCCAACAUGCACUAAUUUGUUGAUUUUAGGAGUUGACAAGCUCAAAGGGCUGAGCUCCUCAACUCACUGCCCCUGGCAACAUGCCACUGAUUUAACGACUGACGACUGACGACUGACACACACACACACACACACACACACACACACACACACACACACACAGCAGGUAUAACAGCAGAUCAGAGCAUGAUUGUAACCCUAAUGACCUGCAUCGUGGAUACCGUGUCAUCGGGGUUAUGAGGGGUCUUUUACUCGGAGAAUUUGUCCAGGUAUCACAAGCUUCACGUGACUCCCCCCCCCCUGCAAACUCUGUGACGUCAGGGCCAGGCGUCAGCGUGGCGGCCAGUCUAGGCUCCGAGAACCCUCCAAUUAUUUCCUGUCAAUCACAAACAGACACACACACACACACACACACAAUGCAAGUAGGCCUAUAUAUUUAUGGGCACAGGCAUGGAUCUAUGCGCACGGACUAAUCAUUUUAGCGCGCACCGCUAAUUCUAAAAUUAGAAUGGAAUAGAAUAAUACUUUUUGUUCGUAGUUUUAUUUGCCCUAUACGCUCUUCAACAUCAUUUUCUCAUCUAAUCCACUGGCAGAAACUUGCUUGUGUAUCCUUAAAGGCAGCUUAAAGGCAGCAAAUAAUAAUAAUAAUAAUAAUAAUGACGAUACUGAAAAUGAAUGAGUUAACACGCCUUUGUUUGGGGGUUUGGUUUCUGUUUCGAUUUGUAUUGUCGAGUUCUGAAUGACGGCGUUAAGACAUGUUGAUGGCGACCAACUGGUUUUCGUAGGUAAGGCCUUGCGCCCAUCCCUGGUGCCACCAAGAGAAAAGAGGCUCCAUUCUUAUGCAAACUGCAUCGUUUGAUUGCUCUGUCCUCGAGACAAAAAACACUGUUUUCACAAGAGGAAUGCCCUGCUACUAAUUAAAGACAAUUAGGCGCUCCCAACAAUGGGGCCAAUUUCGGGGUCAUAAAUCGACUGUGUUGGUUUUAGAGGUGCUGAAAACUCUGCUUAUUUACAUAACAGCAGUAUGGAAAAAUCAACUCAUACAAUGUCGGUGAUGCGAGGCUCAAUCAGCAACAUUUUGCAAGUGGGUGUGAAAAGUUAACGUCACUCAAAAGUCUUCAAAUAUAUUCAGAUAUUAAUAUAUUUUAUGAAAGCGAUUUACAUCAGAUUACGCUUUCUGUACCAUUAUAAUAGGCCUUGUAAGCCAUAUAUUGUGCAGACUGAAUUUCCCCUCAUGUUAGAUGUCUGUCUUUAGGCUUAUAACUGCCGCUAAAAAAAGCAGAUUAUCGGGGACCGAUUGCUCAUUCAGUGUGAGCUUCAUGAGAGAGAAAGACCCCCGAGAAAUUACACUGCUGAUUGAUAAGUCUUUUAGUUUUGUCGGUGCAGGGACAUGGAAAUUGGAAGGAGAGCAGAGCAAGGAUGCAGCGAGCCAAUUGUGGCAGGGCUGGUUGUGAUUGGCUCAGACCGAGGCCCCGCCCCAUGUGGCUUGAUAUGGGAAUUUACUGGCGCCAGCCGCAUCAGUCUGCGCCACAUCUCAUUAAUGAGCCCGAGCGCUGCAUGGAUCAAGAGGUUUACACAAGCUGUAUUCGCAGUCAGCUGAUCGGAAUUGCAACAGGUUAAACGGAGGAGAAAGGAGACCGGGUUAUUUAAGGAUUCUUUUUCUGAAGUAAAUAAACACACAGCCGAGACUUUCACAGCUAAGGAACUAUAUUGUGAGGAGGAUUUAACUUCCACUUGGAGGUAAACAUAGCCUAAAAGUAGCCCGACGCACAGCGAGACGCCUUCAGAGGAGAGGACCAUGGAGGUCGCAGCGGCCGAUCAGUCUCGGUGGAUGGCGCAUCAUCACGCAGUGCUGAACGGCCAGCACCCGGACUCUCACCACCACAGUCUGAGCCACAACUACAUGGAGCCCAUGGCGCCUUUACUGCCCCAGGACGAAGUUGACAUGUUUCUGAACCACUUGGACUCUCAAGGGAACCCCUACUACACCAACUCCCGGGCAAGGGUCACGUACAGCCAAGCACACGCUCGCCUCACUGGGAACCAGGUUUGUCGACCACACCUUAUCCACAGCCCCGGUAUUCCCUGGCUAGACCCCGGGAAAGCUGCCCUUUCCGCGGCCCACCACCACAACGCAUGGGCGGUCAGCCACUUCAGCAAACCCGGCCUGCACCCCGCCAGCUCCGGCUACCCCUGCAGCAGCAGCACCGGCACAGCACCGGUCUCGUCGCUCACGGUGUCCCACUCCAACGCGCACCUCUACAGCUUCCCCCCUACCCCUCCGAAAGACGUGUCCCCGGACCCCGGCCCUACCUCUCCGACCUCCAGCUCGACCAGAAUGGACGAGAAAGAGUCGAUCAAGUACCAAGUGCAACUGACGGACGGCAUGAAGAUGGAGAGCUGUAGUCCGCUCCGCAGCGGCCUGGCCUCGAUGAACGGCCAGGGCCUUGCCACGCACCACCCGAUCCCGACCUACUCUGCCUACCCUCUGCAUACGCCCCACGAGUACAGCGGCAGUCUCUUCCACCCUGGCAGCCUGCUCGGCGGGUCCUCCUCCAGCUUUACGCCCAAAUGCAAGAGCAAGACUCGGUCGAGCUCAGAACUAUAUCCAGAGGGCCGUGAAUGUGUAAACUGCGGUGCCACCUCCACCCCUCUGUGGCGAAGAGACGGCACCGGCCACUACCUGUGCAACGCCUGCGGACUGUACCACAAGAUGAACGGCCAGAACCGACCACUCAUCAAGCCCAAACGUAGACUGUCCGCCGCUAGACGUGCAGGCACCUGCUGUGCAAACUGCCAGACCACCAUCACCACCCUGUGGAGGCGCAACGGGAACGGAGACCCGGUGUGUAACGCCUGCGGCCUUUACUAUAAACUGCACAAUGUCAACAGACCCCUGACCAUGAAGAAAGAAGGCAUCCAGACACGCAACCGCAAGAUGUCCAGCAAGUCCAAGAGGAACAAGCGAGCAGGGGACGGCUUCGACGAGCUAUCGAAGUGCAUGCAGGACAAGGUUUCCCACUUCGGCGGAGCACCCGGCCUCACCAGCCACAUGACCCACAUGGGUCACCUGCCCCCCUUCAGCCACACGGGACACAUGCUGCCCACUCCCACGCCCAUUCACCCUUCAUUCGGUCACCCCCACCACUCCAAUCGCUCGCCGGUCUGGGCUGAGCCCCUGAGUCACUGAGGCCCCUUCCAGGCCCCAAAACUCCUCCGCUUGUAGGAGCCACCACGUCGCCAUUAACACUAAAUGGCCUCCACAUCACGUCGUAAGCUGAGCAGACUACGUUGCAUCAUGUACAGCGGUUGGAGGGGAGAGACUUUCAGUUGGACUUGAUGACUGAAUGUCGCGUCAUUCCUGAGCUCACUGAUGGGACGCUGCGAAGCAGGAAUUUAGCGGACUCUGUAAAGAAGCUAAUAUGAUGAGGGGUUUCUUGGUCCCUUGGUGACUGAAGCUUGCAGGAAUGGAGUGAAUGGAGAAGCUUGUCAUUCUAUUUGCUUAUUUUUACUCAGUCACUUUGGUACCCACCUCUCCAUGACCCUGUAACAGGAGACUCACGAGAGGUCCUAAAAAGAACCGCUGUUUUCACCUCACGGCCUCAUCUCAUUAUACACUGAGAUACGUGCACCCUGUCCAUCCCCAGGCUGUCGUCCAUAACUGCCGUGAACAGACAAACCCAUCAGUGCUGGAGGUCCAGAGACUGGCUGACAGUGACAGCACCCGUGCACCUCUGUUACGGAACCAGUCAGACGCAGACUACAGUACCCACAAACCAGUGCUCCCCUCACAUGCUGGAUUGUACACCACAUCGCUCACCACCUGUUUUUAAUAAUGGACUUUUAUGGAAAAAAUACACAGUAAAUAGAGUGUUUAUAAAUGCUUAAUUGCUAUUAUUGUUGUUAUAUUUGAUGUUAUAAUUAUUGCUACGAUAAUUUAUUUUCCCUCUUUAAGCUUUCGUCAAAGACACAUGGAAACCGAUGAUUUAAAAAGGUCCAGUGUGUAGGAUUUCAGGGGGAUCAUUUGGCCGAAAUGGAAUAUCAUAUUCAUAACUAUGUUUUCAUUAGUGUACAACUACCUGAAAGUAAGAAUCAUUAUUUUCUUCCUUGGCUAAGAAUGAAGCAUUUAUAUCUACGUAGGGAGCAGGUCCUCUUCAAGGAGUCCGCCAUGUUUCUACAGUAGCCCAGAACGGACAAACUGAACACUGGCUCUAGCGUGAGCCUUUCAUCUUUUUACCUAAAUGUCACCGUAGCGCUCCGACACACUUGUAAAAGGAGGCGUGGGCGGAGGAGGGGUAUUCAGUUGGUGGCAGUCUGUGACCUCACCGCUAGAUGCCACUUAAUCCGACACACUGGUCCUUUAAAUGUCAUAGUUAUUACGUAAAGAAAAACACUGACCUAUCUUAGAUGAAAAGUCCCUAAGCUGUACGUUUUUAUCAUUUUUUUCCAUCUUACAAAAGUAAAGGAAAUAAAGGAAAAUAAAGUUUAAUAC